CUACUACUGGCAGGAUGCUCAUCAAGUUCACCACUCAUACCGGGCAUCUUCCUCAUCGACUUUUACUAUCAAACAUACACGCCGACAUAUGACCCGGCUCAAGUAGAUCCUGGCGUCACUGCCGCCAUCGCCAACAUCGUUGGACAGACUCAGCUCGAAGUCAGAGUCGGAUACUUUGGCCUAUGCAUUGCUUCUGAUGCAGGCAACUACCUCUGUUCCAACAAUGCAACCUUGCUGGCGGAACAGAUUAGCAUCGACAAAGAUCCCAUGAAUCUGAUCUGGGUCGCCAAUACCUUCAAGAACUCUGUCGUCUUUCCUUGGCUGAUUGAACACAUACCUGAUCUANUCAUUGCCAUCAUCUUCGCAUUCCUCUGCUUCCUCCUCCUCGCCUCCUUCCCCGGUUGGCAUGAAGAGCGUGACCGCGCCACCGGCUCCGAAGUCGACGUGAAACCCUUCCCUUCACGCCCAGUCUCUCAAUCAGCCCUCGCGCUCGUCUUCAUCGCUUCUGUCUUUGUCUUGGUGUCUGUGCUAUGGCAACAUACAGCAUCAGUUGCCGCAGCACAAGUCGCCCAAGAUAUGGGCAACGGCAGCAUAAAAUCCGGAGUUGGCACUUCGGCAAUGGUGCUAGGUUGGUUCAGCUUUGCAUUACUGCUCAUCGUCACCAUUGGUUUGUUGGUUAUGAUUUUGAGUAUCCAUCUGUUGGACAGAUUGACGGAUGAA